UUACGGAAGACAGGUCAAGAAUUUCACCCAUGGAUUUAACCUACUCUGUAUAUCUGUAGCCACAUUAACAUUUUAAAGUAUUUAAUUUGUGUUUUGUCUUUUUUUAGUCUCUUAUUGUAGAUAGUAACAUUCACCGUCAUGUGGGACCAUGAAAUCAGAGCCAUGGCGUCCACUCACGCCAUCAUCGCCUCCUCGGUGUUCAUGGCGACCGUCCUACCUGCGGCGCUCGUGCCGGGUUUCUCGGUGUACGGCACUCACCUGCUGUGGCUCUACUCGGUGUCCGGGGCGGUCACUGCCGUCAGUGUGGCCGUCUUUUGGCUGCUCGGCAUCACACCGCCCACCAAGAAGCACACAGUGGGAUACAAGCUGUCGCGGUUGUUUCGCUCCUGUCUGUACUUCUUCCUGUCGUGCCUGUUCUUCCACACCGUGGUCGUUCUCUACGGAGCUCCUCUGAUUGAAUCUGCCUUAGAGACGUUCUCCCUCGCUGUGCUGCUGACCUCUCUAACCACGCUGAGGUGUCUCUGUGUCCUCGGCCCCAACGUCCAGGCCUGGAUACGAGUGUUCAGCCGCCAUGGGGCUAUGUCUGUGUGGGACACCUGUCUGCAGAUUACAGUGGCCUGCACAGUGGUAGGAGCCUGGGUGGGAGCCUUUCCCAUCCCUCUGGACUGGGACAGGCCGUGGCAGGUUUGGCCUGUUUCCUGCAGUCUCGGUGCCACAAUCGGCUUCCUGACCGGACUCGUUGCUGCUCCCGUGUGGAUCCACUAUCAUCGCAAACAGCUCACGUACAAGUGCAAGUGAUGGACGGAUGUGUACGAUUGUGUAUUUGUGACCCAGAGGGCAUUUGUCUUAUUCCUUUAACUUUGUACUGAUUAUUUAUUGGGAACAUUCUCUCCUGUGCCGCCUGUAGGAAAAAUGAUUUUGUAAUAAAACAGUAUGAGCAACAUUAUUUUGUACGCAUGAAGGCUGAAUACGUUCCUGAAGAUUUUUGACAUCAAUAAAGUUAUACUUCUUUCUCUAAAA